CUCGGCCUCCUGCUGGUGCUUCGCCAGGAGUCUUCGGACGUUGUUCUGUGGGCGGUGUGGACGCAGGGAGCGAACGCCAGGGCGUGGCGUCGGGGCGCGGGCGUGGGCGUGCCCUCCUCCCCCGCGGAGGAAUACGCGUGAACGGCGACCGCAGGAGAAGCGGCUUUGAAUCGCAGCUCGGCCGAGGACCUGGCCUUGUUUUCGACUUGCCGAGGCGCGAUGUCCGCCCAGACGGUGCAGGGGAUGAAGACCGAGCCUGUGGUGCAGCAGACGUCGUCCCAGGGGCGUGAGACCCAGGGGGCGCAGAUCAUAACGGCAAAUGGCCAGACGUAUUCGGUUAUGCCCCAGGCGCAGAUGCAAACUGUUACCAUAGAUGGGCAGGAAGCAAUCUAUAUCCCCGCCUCAGUCCAGCACGCAGCAGGAACGCAGCAGAUACAGCUCGCCGCAGGAAACCAGGCUCUGUUUGCGCCUGGCCAGCUUAUACGAGCACAGAAUCUCAUUCAGAAUGUUCAGACUGUCGGACAGGUUGGAACGCCGAUAACUGUGGGAGGUGUGAGACCUGCAACUGCAACGGCUGGAGCAGCCCAAGCAGCGCCUACUGCCGCCGCCCAGGUGGGACAGAUGGCAACACAGGUGAUGCAGUCAGGGGUUGCUGGCGUGCCCCAGGCCACCAUCCCUGUGCAGAUACCAAUCUCGACAGCAGGAGGACAGACUAUCCUGCAGACUAUACCCUUCCCUUUACAGAUCCCCGUCCUGCCCAACGUUGUCCAGGCUAAUGGCCAAACCAUACAGGUCAUCCCUCAGAUAGCACAGCAACAAGUACCAGCACAGCCCCAAAUAGCACAGAUCCUGCUUCCAAACGGCCAAGUUCAGCAGGUGCAGAUGCUAUGGGGUGGGACAACAGGCAUGAUGUCCUUAGCUUCCAACAGCUUAGGGACGGCAGCCAACAUGACACAGAUUGCCACCUCUCAGCCUGUGACCACCUCCACGUGGGCGACAAACACCGUUUCUUCACCGUCUGUGUCCAUACCUGCAGUUCAUUCCAGUACACCAACCAAUUCUGCUACUGAUGACAAGUCACAGGUUCAAGCUACACAACAGGCAACAUCAGCAGGUACAACCAUAACAGCGAGCAACCCUUCACAGGUGGUGCAGGGUCAAGGGGCAAGCAUUACCGUUUCAAACACUUCACAACUCUUGCCUCAAGGGAUAACUGUUUCUCCUCAGCUCUCUGGCUCAGUUGGAGGCGGAGGAGUAACAGUGGUACCUGUAAGUCAGACCUCUCAGUUACGCGCUGCGACCCCAGCAGCUGUAGCCGCUCAGCAAAGUGCAAUCCAGAUUCCUCAGAUACAGGUGGUGCAGCCUAUAAUCCAACAUAUUCCUGGUCUUGGCCAGGUUCAGGUCCUGUCACCGUCGUCCUUACAGUCGCUCACAUCAUCCAUUGGGGCAUCCCAGCCUAUCUCUGUGUCCACAUUGGGCGCAGUUCCAACAACCACACAGCCUUCAACGAACACACUACCCACACAGAUCCUCCCUGGUGGAGCACAGAUCAUAAGUGCUAGUGGCCUGCAGGGUGAGAGUGAUGGGGGAGCCAAGUGGGUUGUCUCAACAGGAGGUCAGGUGAGCCAAGCUCAGGUAGUCCCACAGCCCGAAGACUCGCCCACAAACGACCCGGGCAAGACGAGAUUACGACGUGUGGCCUGCACCUGCCCCAACUGCAAGGAGGGGGAUAGAGGUGGGGAGAACAAGAAGAAAGUACACAUCUGCCACAUCCCCGGCUGCAACAAGAUGUAUGGCAAGACGUCACACUUAAGGGCACAUCUGAGGUGGCACUCGGGUGAACGGCCUUUUAUCUGUUCCUGGCUCUUCUGCAACAAGAGAUUCACACGGUCAGAUGAGCUCCAGCGGCAUAAACGAACACAUACAGGGGAGAAACGGUUUCACUGCCCCGAGUGUCAGAAACGUUUCAUGCGUUCCGACCAUCUCUCAAAGCAUGUUAAAACACAUACAAAACAGAAGGGGAUGGUGAGUAAUUGGAAUGCUUUCUCAAAUAACAUUCCCAACAACACGCAAUCGUCAGACAGCAGUAACUCCUCUGAUGCAUGCGAGAAGAUGCUCAUUACCAUCCCAGAUCAGUCAGGUGAUCCGUUGCACAUUUCAACAGAAGGAGAAGUCCCUGCAAGUGUCCAGCAGCAGCAGGCACCUCAGUGAUUUUUCCCACUGUCUAUGCACCUGUUCAGGAAACAGCUGUGGAUCUGUUUGCGCCUGAAUGUAAUGACUGUAUCGAGUCGUUUUACCUUCUCGUUGACUAGCUGUUGGUUGUAUGAAAUUAUUUUUUUUUAUAUACAUAUAUAUAUUGUACAGUGAGGAGAAUCUGUAGAGUAGUCAUUUAAUCUCUUUGUAUAUAUAGUAUAUGGACAAUAUGAUGUGCUACUUGAACAAGUGAAGUGCUGUGUUAUUGUGAUGGAAAAAUAUAUCAUUGCUUAUUUUUAUUAUUAUUUUUCUGGAACACCAGAACAUUCAUUGCUCAUUUUGUUAUGCAACUGCAGAAAUAUUAGAGAAUCCUUUUUGAAUGUGUAGCUUGUACUAGGAUACAAAGAAAGUAUCUGUGAUAUGCAGUGAUUUUCACCAGGCAUUUUUUUUUUUUUUUUUCUUUAUAAUCACUGAAUGCUUGAACCACCCUGAAAAUUUCCAUUAUGCCCAGGUCUUUUAAUAUGUUAAACAGCUUGCAGCUGUCUAAAGAACUUAGUGAGAGCUCUCUGAAAAGAAAGCAUAGCAUAAGAGACAAUUUAAAUAAAAAAAUAAUACACUGCCUUCCCUUCCGGUGAUAGUAUUCCCAUAGCUCCUUGAUAGUUUGCUCACUGUAGGGAAAUAGUUGCUCGAAGGAAAGACAAGAAAGACGAUAGUGGACUGGUGUGUGUUCACUGACUAUAGAUGUGGAACCAUUUGAAAUUUAUGUGACUUGAAGGAUAAGAUAAAAGAUGUGGAGCUCUCAUUUCUAGAUUUUUAAAGUCAUAAAGUGUAAUGUAAUGCACAAAGUGGAAAGUUGCCACUUCAUAAUAUCCCCUUCCUUAGAAUCUUACAGAACUAUGUCUUUAUAUAAUAUUAAUAAUGACAGACAACAAUUUUACUGGGACAAUCAUUUUCUUUUUCUUUUCUUUUUUUUCAUUUAACAUUGAUGAUAGUUGUCUCUAGGAAAUACAGUAUAUCUUGCAUAAACUCCUUUCCAUUUUUUUUUUUUUUUUUUUUUUUUUUUUUAUAGAAUUUAGCUUCUGUAUUACUAAAAGCUGUCAGCAUAAAAAAUGAGCUGUAAAGUUGAGAUUAAGAUGUAAUUCAUAUCAACAUUUUUUUUUUUGGGGGGGUAAGAAAUAGUAAAUUUGAUUUUGCAAAGAAACUCAUGUGCAAAAUAUUUAUAUCUUGGAAGAACAGUAAUUAGGACUAGGUGUACAGGUAGUUUAACAUCUGUAGAUCUGAUGCUCUAAAUUUAGUGAAUGAUUAAUGGAGUGACAUAUCUGAUUCCACAAACCAACCAUCACUGCAAAUAUUUCAUAAUGUUAAAAUUAUAUAGUUGUGAGUGUUUUUUAGAACAGUUGACCAAGUAUUUCUGUACUGGUUUACCCUCAUGUUGCACAUUGUCACCCAUCGUUUUGUGUGUAUAAACGUUUGUCAGUUGGGUUUGUCCUGUUGAAUAUCUGUGACUGUAUAAUAAGCUAUAUUUUGAAAAUGUUUUUUGUGGAAAAAUAACAAAGUUUGCCUCCAGGGAGAUACCUAGGUUAUUUGUUAAUAUUUCUAGACAAGAAAAUUUAGAUUGUUGUAUGAAGUAAUGAUGAACAUAGUUCAAAGUAGUGCAUACUUGGGUGAUGCAACUUCUGAUAUCUCAAAAUUGUGUUCGUGCCAUUUUAAAUUUUUUUAUUUUUAUUAACCAAUUUUUUUCUCUUAUUUCCUUUGAAGCACUUUAAAAUUAUUAAAAUGAUUUGCUCUCAUUAAGUGUCUUCCUAGUCAAGUGACUGUAGCUCUUACUCUUUGUUAAAAUUGUAUAUACUUAGUUAUUUAUUUCUUGUAUAUACUUGUCUUUUUACAUUUUUAUAUUAUAUACACAUGCAGACUCAUAUGCACAAGGUUCCCAUGUUCGAGAACUAUCUUCCCUGUGAAUCUAAUGGUACCUGAAUUGUCUGUGGGAAUUUUUGUUGAGUUUUGCAGUGUAGGCACUGCAACAUAAACACAGGUGGUGGAGGAAUUCCAAUGUUUAUUAUAGAGUGGUAGGAACCUUAUCAAAAUAUAGCAAAUAGGUGCCUUGCCUUAUUUUGUCACGAAAGAGAAUGUGUUAUAUUCAACUGAAUGCACAAAUUUAUCAAA